CUAGAGCGCAUUUAUAGCCUACAUGAUGAGAUUACAUGAUGAUAUUUAAACGGCAGCCAAGUAUCGAUGGUAAUUAAUGGUAAUUAUAUCAACAUUUGUGAAUACAAGCGUUUCCACCUACAUUUCACGCAUAAUUAAUUUUACCGACACAAAAAAUAGCUCACCUUGUCUAUUUGGAAAGUUUACCGCAAAAUGUUCUGUUUCCAUCAGGCCUGUCAUUACAAUGUUUUGUCCGACAUACCUAACUCGCAUAAGAAGGUUGGAUGGAAACCGGGUUAAUGUCGUAGAAGAAACCGCCCACGGUUGACCCCCACCUAACUGCGGGUCGCCCAAACGCGGGUAGCUAACCUCCAGAACGGCUGAGGUAUUUUACUUGAUCCUCCCGGUAUUGGACCUGACCGAAUCCCUAUGAGAGUGGGCUGAGCUGAAUCGGGGUUGACGUAAGAACGUACUGUAGGUCCAGCCCUGUUAUGCGCUGCUGCUGCGUUGUCGAGCGCUGGACGCGAGCAAAAAAAAAAAAACAUAUUCCAAGCGUCAAGGAUUAGGCCUAUUAUUCGCGUGAUUAUUGACAACAAAGGACAAUGUGGAUACUAUUGACAAGAUAAUAACAUCGUUGACAACCUGCUUAAACAUGUACCACUCGAACCACAUAGUGGAUUUCCUUGACCUCUCCUUCACCAUCCCAAUCCCUGGAGCCUUGGGCCUAGUAUCAAACCACUGAACCAACCCCCUGUCCUAUAUCCCUCCACAUAUCCUAUACCCCCACCCCAGCACUCGCACAGCCUUUUCCCCUACCCCCUGUCCAAACCCCCAUACCCAGAGGACCAUGGACAGCCCCCCCAAGCUGUCUGGCGAGACCCUGAUCGUUCAUCACAUCCCCCUGGUACACUGCCAGGUGACUGGGGGUCGGCAGGGCUACAGCGGAGGAGGAGGGGGGUCCCUGAGGAGAUCGAACCAACCAGAGAACCUGGGCCUGAGCCCCACCACCUCCCUCCCUGAGCGAGAUGUACUCCAGAGGGAAUCCCUGGUGUACAGCAGCCUCAUCCAGACCUCUACAGGAGGAGGGAGAGGAGGAGGAGGAGGAGGAGGAGGAAGAGGGGGAGGGGGAGGAGAGAGUGGAGGACACGGAGGAGAGAGAGGAGGAGGACGAGGGGGAGGAGAGAGUGGAGGACACGGAGGAGAGAGAGGAGAGAGAGGAGGAGGACGAGGAGUAGGAGAGGGAGGAGAAGGAGGGAGAGGAGGAGGAGGAAGAAGAGGGGGAGGAGAGAGUGGAGGACACGGAGGAGAGAGAGGAGGAGGACGAGGGGGAGGAGAGGGAGGAGAAGGAGGGAGAGGAGAAGUAGGAGGUGGCAGCACAGGUAGCGAUAAUUUGUCUGUGACGUCCAGUAACUCGGAGGACCAGGUGAUGGUGGCCAACACUCUGCCCAGGGUGAAACCAAGGGAACAGGCCAACAACCCUCUCCGGCUCCGCCACAAUCCUUUUCUGCUCAACACGGAGGAGGAUGAUGAUGAGGAGGAGGACGAGGACGAAGACGAUAGUGAUAAUCUCAACGGUUACCUGGAAGAUUCAUCCUUCCAUCUUCAUGGCAAUACAAACUCCGCCCUAGAUGAGGAGGGAGACGGGGUCACGCCCUUUCACCUCCACGACCUGGGGUUCACCACACACAAGCCCUUCCUGUUGCAAAGCACCCUGGGAAAGCACUCCUGGGGCUGCUCUGGGGAACGGGACUCCCUCAGGGAUGUUGCCUCCGAUCUCUCCGCCCACCUGGAGGGCCUAGACCUGCUGGUAUUGGACGGUCCUCGCCGACACGGCAGCAGCGGCUCCACCCUCUCCAUGGACUGCGGAGAGCAGGAGUGGGCCGAGGAUGAGGAGGAGGAGGAAGACCCAAUGAGGGGUGGUGGGAGGAGCAGUAGCCAGGCUGACUCGUCUUCCUCCAGCUCCGCCCAUCGGCUCUGCUCCUGCUACGGCCUCUCACAGACGUUUCACGAACACUUCCCGGAACAGUUUUCCCAGUCGUUGGAAUGCCAGCUGGGCUACGGCAGCGUAUCGUCCUGUAACAGCUCGGAUGGCAUGCUGGUCAACUUCAGUGCCAUUUAUAACAAGAUCAAUAACAGUGUCCCUUCGACCUACUCCGAGCCACCUCCUCCUGCCACAACCACCAACCUGAACAGUUCCACUGACCACUCCUACACCUCCUCUGUCUGCACCUCUUCUGUACUGGAUGUGGAGGCAGGGAGCCCAGGAAGUGCCAGAGAGAGGGUUGCUUUCUACCUAGACCUCCACACUUCCCCCACCGAGCCCCCCAACUCUCAUCAACCCUCUUGCUCCUCCAAUAGCACCCUGCCGUUUGAACUCCACCCCCACACCAACACCUCCUCAUGCACCUGCUCAGCCGAACACCAGGGGGCUCUAGAUCUGGACGCCAACUGCAAUUCUUACCAGCCUCCCCACCACUCAGACUCAGGAAGUGACCUCACAUCCUGUCUGCAGAGCCAGGCCCGUCUGGUGGUAGCCACCCAGAACUACUACAAGUUGGUGACCUGUGACCUUUCAUCUCAGUCGCCCCCGAGCCCUGUGGGAAGCUCCGCGUCGUUUACCAGCUGCUCUGACGAGCACAGCAAGGAAAGCCCCGCCCCUGACACGCCCACCGCCACCCAGCCAACCGAAUACUACCUGUUCAGACGGCCCCCUGGGGGAGAGGAAAAGGAGGCGGAAGAGGAAGAUGAGGAGGGAGAGUUGUCACAGCGUGAUGAAGAUGAGGAAGAGGAUGAUGACGAGGAAGAGGAGAGGAAGAAGAGGGAGCAGCAGCAGAUGGGCGGAGCCUGUUCAGACCUCAUCAUCGAGGGACAGGUGUACAUUAACAUCUCCCCUCCCGUGGUUGACCGAGGACCCAUCGGAGGCAUGACUCCCCGCCCCCAUUCCCGUAGCUACGACCGGAACCUGGACAAGUCCCCGCCCCCUCGGCUCGGCUCAUUGGAGCGCAUGCAGAGCUGCCCUGUCCGUCUCAGUGAGGGCGCCUCCCCCCUCGGCCCUCCCACUCCGCCACGGGUCACUUCCUUCGCUGAGAUCGCCAGGAGCAAGAGGAAAAACGGAGGAAGCGCUGGAUCUCCUUCCCUCAGGAUGGGGGGAUGUUCAGAUCCCUUCUCCUCCACCCACUCGGCCCACUCCCACUCCUCGACCGACUUCUCCCCCAUCCUGGAGAACCUGGGUCAGGGUCCGAGCCACAGCCACAGUGUGCCCUUCCAGCGCUGCUACAGCCAGGGCAGUGUGGACCGCCACUCACCUGGUGGCGGCGCCAGAGAGACACACGCCACGGCUGAAGGUGGUCUCUCCAGCUCUUCGUGCAGCUCUGCCGUUGUCCGCUACACUAAAGACCAGCGUCCUACCACCCUCCCCAUCCAACCCUUCACCUUCCACCACCAGUUCUCCAAGCUGUCCCGGCCCAAGCCCAUUCUUCCCCUGCUGCCGGGCUACGUCUCUGGGAUGCAGGCGCGGGGUGGAGGGCCUUCUGGAGGUCCAGAGGGGUCUGAUGGGGUCGACGACGACCGAUGGCAAGACUCUUUGCGUCGAUGCCAGGUUGGUGGUACGAUGGGUGGGAUGGUGUCAGCGGUGGCUCCGCUCGGCCCUGGUUCUGUCCGGCCCUCGCCGCUGGGUAGCUAUUCCCCCGUCCGCCUCCAGGGGGUGACCUCCACUUCCUGUUCUACCUGCACCCCCAGCCCCCAGACUCCUCUCAGCCUCUCCUGCCCCCUGUCGGCCGGGCUCCUGCCCCUCCACCAUACCCAUCCCCCACCAGCACGACUGGCGGCUGCCCCUCUGCCUCCCACUCAUCCACCUCCGUCCCUGGGGGUGAAGCGGGGAGCGGUGCCCCCCAUGCUGCCUCCGGUCCAGGGCCAGGUGCAGGGUCAGUGUCACCGUGGGACCCUCCCCAUCCUGCCGGUCGUGCUCCAGGACAGUGAGAUUUCAUUGCGAUACGAGGAGACGUCAGACCCUGUGGAGGGGAGCAGAGGACCAGGGUCCAGGACACAACAUGGACACCACCUCUCUCCCCAGACUCUGAAAUGGAGGGAGUAUCGUCGUAGGAACCCCCUGGGGGUGGAGAGGUGUUCCUCUGGGGGAUCAGGCGUACCCGCCCUAUCAGGCAGUCUGGACGGGAAUGGUCGUAGGGGCGUGGCCAGGGGACAGCGAAUCACACGACGGAAUGUGUUUGACUUCCCUCCAGCCUCUAGUGGCCACGCCCUGGGACGACUCAAUGGCCAGUCUGUGAAGCAGCUGCAGCAGUACUACAGUGACUUCCUGCCAGACUACUUCUCCCUGACGGAGCGUCCUCCAGAUGAGUUCUGUCUCUCUCCUGACGCCUCCUCUUCGUCAUCGUCCUCCACUUCCUCACAAUCCCACAUCUCUGUGAACCUGCAGCAGAAGAGAGGUUUAGUCAAAGCCAUCAAUACAGCGGUAGAUUUAAUCGUGGCUCAUUUUGGCACCAGUCGGGACCCUGACGUUAAGGCGAAGCUGGGUAACAGUUGGGUGAGUCCCAACGUGGGCCACCUGAUCCUGAAGUACCUGUGUCCGGCUCUAAGGGAGGUGCUGGGGGAUGGGCUGAAGGCCUACGUCCUGGACCUGAUCAUCGGACAGAGACGCAACCAGCCCUGGAGCCUGGUAGAGGCCUCCACACAACUAGGCCCGUCCACCUGUGUGGUCCACAGCCUGUUUUCCAAGGUGUCCCAGUACUCAGAGCUCACCAGCCACAGCAUGAGACUCAACUCAUUCAUCUUCGGACUGUUGAACUUGCGAUCUUUGGAAUUUUGGUUCAAUCAUCUCUACACUCAUGAAGACAUCGUAGCAGCUCACUACCACCCGUGGGGUUUCCUGCCGUUGUCCCAGGGGCCAUGCCAACCUCUCUUGGAGGAGCUCCUCCUCCUCCUCCAGCCUCUGUCUCUGUUGCCCUUUGAUCUGGAUCUGCUCUUUGAGCCGCGAUUGGUCCAGAGGAGCCAGGAACACCUGAGAAGCAAGGAACAGCUCUGCUCCGCCUCCGCCGGCCAGAGCCUGAACCAAUCAGCAUGCUCCACCUUCCAGCUCAUGAGGGGGUGGAGCUCGGAGUCACAGAGGGCAGAGUCUAUGAGAGAAGGGGCGGAGGUUAAAAAGGAAGGAGGCGGGGUGGGGAACAGAGAAAGGUUGGGGCUGAGACGAGAGGGGACGUGGCCUAGGAUGGAAGGGGUUGGAGAGAGAGGGAAGAGAGAGGGGAUGAUGCAGAGGAUGGGGUCGAGGAGAGAGGGGGCGGGGGCGGGGGAGGGGAUUGAUAGUUUAGGGGCGGGGCUUGUAGAAGCACAGCCAAUGAUAACCGAAGUAGGAACAGGAUUUGCAAACCUGUGGAGAGAGAGCGGGAGGGGGAAGGGCACAGGAAAGAGAGUGAAGGGGGUGGAAGGAGUAAGCCAUGAGGAGGAUGGAGAGAAGGAGGAAAGGAGGAAGGAGAGAGAGAGGGAUUGGGCGGAGGAGGGUCGUCAGCAGCAGGAGCGUGAUCGCCAGGCGGGAUGGUGGUACCAGCUCAUGCAGAGUUCCCAGGUCUAUAUCGACCAAUCAGCUCAGGGUGGGUCGAAGUUCGUUAAGAGCGAGAAGAGGAAGAAGUCUGCAGAGAGGCGGAGCCAGAGUCAGCACCCACUCCCCAGGAAGGGUGUUGUGGAAGGGGCAGAGUCUAGCCAGGAAGAGGAGGUUCUUAGGGAGAGAAGCAGGAAGAGCAGCUCCAGCUCCAGUGGUGAGUGGAUGGGGUCCAGAGGAAGAGGAAGACCAUCCUGGAUGGGGAGUCCCCCAGAGUCAGUGCUCACCCAGGACAAGGAGAAAGAGAAGGAUCCAGGAACCACAAGGGCCACAGAAGCCACAGCGACCCAGCCAGCGGCCCAGACUGAAGACCCCUCCCAGGGCCAGGGCAUGCGCUGGGUCAGACUGUUUGGGUCCAGCAUGGGUGGUGGUGGCACCCCCUCCAGGCCAGAUGGAGCAGAGCAGAGACCAUCCAAAAGCAAGAGGAGCAGGCUGCCGUCUGGAUGGCUGACAGGUCUGGACAUGUCCGUGCUGGACCUCUUAGCCCAGACAGUGGGGGCGGGGACAGUGAAGAGGGUGGAGCCUUCAGCUCCUCCGGCCCCUCCCACUCUGAACCAACCCUCUCCACCUCCUCAGCCGCCACAGGAGAGCCACACCAAACAGCUGUGUGAGGUGCGUGCCCUGUGCCACCACAUAGCCACAGAGCCUGACCAGCUGAGUUUCCAUAAAGGGGACGUACUGAGUGUCCUGAGUCGGGCUGACGCCGACUGGCUCCUCUGCUCCCUGGGGGCCCAGCGGGGCCUGGUGCCUUUCAUCUACGUUACCCUGAGGGGUCUGGAGGACAGCCAGGCGCCCCAAGAGCCUCAGGGGCCACACUGACCUGACCGACUCAACUAGGGUUCCAAAAUUCAGGUUUUCCAGAAAUCCUGGUAAGGAGGGAAUAAGUAGGACAUCUGUAUAUCCUCCGACCUAGGGAUUUCGGGAAAGUUGCCGGAACUUUGCAACCCUAGACUGAACCCAGGGCCCAGAGGCCACAGUAGAGGAUGAGGGUGGAAGGUGGAUAGUGGAAAGGAUUCAGAGGGCCAAAGAUGGAUAUACAGCAUACUACAGCACAAGACGAUGGAUACUCAUAGAGGAGAGACCUUGAUAUGACUGGUUUAAAGUGUAAUUAUUAUACUAUGGAGAGGCGUAUGAAACACACACACACACACACACACAGACGUAAACAUGCAUUAAUGUAUAUAUAUGCACAUGCAAGCAUGCAGGCACAAAUACGCUAUGCAUGCAUGUCCACUAAACUCACACACACACCAAACUGCCUGGGGAUCUUUUACAGAAAGGAGACAAGGCUAGCUACAGACUGCCUUGGCCCCAUCAUAUACUGUAUACUAUCCCUAGUCGUGCUUUACUUUACCAUGCUACAGAGCAUACUCUAUCUGUCAUUCAUCUAGCUGUGCCACUCUUUGAAUGCCAAUGCUAUGCUAACGCUAAAUGCUAGUGCUAACGCCAGUGCUAAUGCUAGUGCUAAUGCCAGUGCUAAUGCUAGUGCUAAUGCUAGUGCUAAUGCCAGUGCUAAUUGUUCAUGGAAAAUUUCAGAGACUGGUUAAAGGACUUGUCAUCCAAUGGAUCCACACCAACAUGCUAUUCUCUGAGCUUCAUUCACCCAGAGAUCCCCUGCUUUGUAAUAGAAUGUAAGUAGGAAAAGUAGUUUUGUUAUAAAACAGAAAAUACAAACUUUCUUAGUGUGAUAUAGCUGUGGGUAUGACAGCUUUGAGUUCUGACAGCUGUCGACAAUGGACAACCGGUUUAAACUUGCUUCUUCAAUACAAAUGGACAACCGGUUUAAACUUGCUUCUUCAAUACAAAUGGACAACUGGUUUAAACUUGCUUCUUCAAUACAAAUGGACAACCGGUUUAAACUUGCUUCUUCAAUACAAAUGGACAACUGGUUUAAAUUUGCUUCUUCAAUACAAAUGGACAACCGGUUUAAACUUGCUUCUUCAAUACAAAUGGACUACCGGUUUAAACUUGCUUCUUCAAUACAAAUGGACAACCGGUUUAAACUUGCUUCUUCAAUACAAAUGGACAACCGGUUUAAACUUGCUUCUUCAAUUCAUCGUCAUCUGCAGAUUCCUGAUUUUCAUCAUCUUGUUAACGCUAUGGGUGCGUUCCUCUGCCCAUGCGUUGCUGACGCAUGCCAGAUCUUACAACGCUUGGAUACGUAUUUUACGUAUCGGCUAACCACAUCAUCCGUAUGUUAUAGCAAUCUGUCAGUCGAUGAAAUAGUCACGGACGUGGCACGCAACCAUUGGUUGAUGCAUGCAAUGUCUGAGCAGGGGAACACUACCAAUGAUGGACUAUCAAACCUGACUCUGAUUGAACAAGCCCAAUAACAUCCUCUGGCUCUUCCCUUCACAUCCUGUUGUUUUGAUGGAUGGGAUGAACUGACCUAUCACUGCAAGUGUCAGGAAAGAAAAGGGCAGAGCCGGGCCUAGUGCAUGUAACCUAGCAACAGACGGACAAUGUUUUGUGUCUUUUUACAGUUUCUUCACCCCUGUUCUGAACCCAAAACCCUAGCUCCUCCCACCUACCCCGCCUUUCUACCCCUUAACCAAUAUGACUGCACAGCUGUAGGAGAAGCUGCAGUACCACGAUUACAGACUAAACCAAGUGAUUCAAGAGGCUAUGUUAAGCUUUGAACUCUGUUUCUGUUUAUCUAUCCAUACAUACUGUAAAUGCAUAUACUUACACACGUUUAUUUAUUGACUAAUGAUGAUGUCAUGUAUUAUUGUUGAGGGAAACCGUGUGAAUGGAAAGGCAGUAGAGGUGGAUAAAGAAGGAAGGAUGUCCAAUGAAAGCAACGUAUGACUUUGGAGGUCUGUUUAGGUGUUUUGCUGUUCUUAACUGAAUGUGUUGGUUGGAAGGCUGUAUAAUCACCAUGGCCACCCCCACCCCCACCCAAACCUCCCUAUUGUAAAAUGGGUCUACUAAAGAGAAAAAUCAUGUUUUAACGUUUAAAAAUGCUUCAAAUUAUUCUGAUUGGUAGUAUGUAACAGAGAAAGAAAGUAAUGUUUCUCGUGUAUGCCUUAAAGUCUUUGAGAAAGAACCACAGCGAGAGCUGCUGUGUUGGAGGUAUCUAGCGUUUGACCAUGCCUAUGGUCCCCACGUGAUUCUUUAUAUAUGUGACGGUGCGUCCAACCAGCCACUUUCCCUGGGUUUCAGUCGGAAAAAGAGUAUAUAUUUUCUCUGGUAAUAGAAAAAAGUAUAUGGAUAUUUUUUAGGGUGGGACUCAUCUUAAAAUAGACCCCAACACAUUUCUUGGUGGCUUUGUAGGCAUUUGUCUGUGUCAGGUGUGGCCUUAGGUUCAGAUUGAGCUGUACAGGAAACUAGAGCUGGCAAAAAGUUAGGGAUUAGGUUUAAACUCUAUAUGUCAAAACCUUGUGGAUUAAGCCCUAGAUUAGGGUUUGGUAGAGCCAAAAUUAUCUGCAAUGAAAUUAUGUAAUGUAACUUUAAGACAAAUAUGGGUUAGCGAAACAUAAAAAUUGCCAGGACGAAUUCACACUGGACAAGAGUUAGGCCUAGAUUCAAUCAGACCAAUAGUUCAUUUAGCUUGUAACUGUAUUAAUAUUCUUUAAAAAAAAAUGGUUUUGUUUAAAUGUAUUUAGUUCUUCCGUUAUUCUCUUUUGUUGUACAGUUACAUUUUUUUUAAAUAUAAUUUGUCAAUUCCUUUGGAUUCUGCAUAAAUAAUUUAAAUAUUUUGUUAGCUCUGAAUUGUAAAUAUAUUUAAUUUCUUCAAUAAUUAUUUUUUUAAAAGAUAGAAAUAGAUAUGAGGUAUGGAUAUGUACAAAACAUUUGGAACACUUUCCUAGUAUUGAGUUGCACCCCCUUUUGCCCUCAGAAUAGCCUCAAUUUGUCGGGGCAUGGACUCUACAAGGUGUUGCUGGCCCAUGUUGACUCCAAUGAUUCCCACAGUUGUGUCAGGUUGUCUGGAUGUCCUUUGGAUGGUGGACCAUUCUUGAUACACAUGGGAAACUGUUGAGUGUGAAAAACCCAGCAGCGUUACAGUUCUUGACACACUCAAAUCGGUGCGCCUGAUACCAACUACCAUACUCUGUUUAAAGGCACUUAAAUAUUUUGUCUUACCCAUUCACCCUCUGAAUGGCACAUAUACACAAUCAAUGUCUGAAUGGUCUCAAGGCUUAAAAAGCAUUCAUAAACCUGUUUCCUACCCUCCAUUUACACUGAUUUGAAGUGGAUUUAACAGGUGACAUCAAUAAGGGAUCAUAGCUUUCACCUAGAUUCACCUGGUCAGUCUAUGUCAUGGAAAGAGCAGGUGUUCCUAAUGUUUUGUACAAUCAGUGUAUAUUAAUACAUUAUUGCAUUAAUAACAAGCAUUUGUAAAUGUGACUUAGUAUUAUGUCAUGGGCAUGGUGAAAGGACAGCUAUGGGGACAAAUGGCUGCCAAAAUUGUGAUUAUAACAAUAUAUUUGUUAUUGUGUUUUUGGCACAUACAGCCUUCAAAAAGUAUUCAUACCCCUUGACUUAUUCCACAUUUUGUUGUGUUACAGCCUGAAGUCAAAAUUGAUUAAACAUUUUUUUUUCACACACAAUACCCCAUAAUGACAUCACAAUACCCCAUAAUGACAUCACAAUACCCCAUAAUGACAUCACAAUACCCCAUAAUGACAAAGUGAAAACAUGUUUGUAGAAAUCUAUGAAAAUAAUGAAAUACAGAAAUAUCUAAUUUACAUAAGUAUUCACAACACUUUACCAUGACUCUCCAAAUUGAGCUCAGGUGCAUCCAAUUUCCUUUUACCGUCUUUCAGAUGUCACUGCAACAUGACUGGAGUCCACCUGUGUCCAAUUCAAUUGUUUGGACAUGAUUUAGAAAGAAUAACACCAGUCUAUAUAAGGUCCCACUGUUUACAGCGCAUGUCAGAGCAGAAACUAUUCCAUGAAGUCCAGGGAACUGUCCUUUGAUCUCUGAGAUAUAUAUCUGGGGAAGAGUAUAAAACAAUUUCCAGAGGGUUGAACGUUUCAAUGAGCAAAGUGGUCUCCAUCAUUGGGAAAGGUUAAAUAUGAAACUACCCAGACUCUGCCCCGGCCAUAAUGAGCAACCAGGCAAGAAGGACCUUGGUCAGGGAGGUGACCAAGAACCCAAUGAACACUCUGACAGAACUCCAGAGUUCCUUGCCUGAGAUGGGAGAACCUUCCAGAAGGACAACAGUCUCUACAGCAUUUCACCAAUCUGGGCUUUUUUGGAGAGUGGCCAGACGGAAGCCACUCCUUAGAAAAAGGCAAAAGGCCUGGAGUUUGCAAAAAGGCAUGUGAAAGACUCUGAGAGUAUAAGGCAAAAUAUGCUGUAGUCUGAUGAGACACAAAUGGAACUGUUUGGCCUGAAUUCAAAGAAAACCAGGCACAGCUCAUCACCAGUCUAACACCACCCCUAACAUGAAGCAUGGUGGUGUUAUCAUCAUGCUAUGGGGAUGCAUUUCAGUUGCAGGGACUAGGAGACUAGUAGUAAUCACACCUGUGGGGAGAGGGGCACUCUUCUUACCAAACCACAUGACCUUUGUUUUGGAUGUGUUCAGAAGAAGAUUAAGGGCAGAGAAAGCUUGUUGGACACUAAGAAAGCUUUCUUGUAGAGCAUUUAACACAAAUUCUGGGGAGGGGCCAGCUGAGUAUAAGACUGUAACAUCUGCAUAUAAAUGGAUGCGAGAGCGUCCUACUGCCUGAGCUAUGUUGUUGAUGUAAAUUGAGAACAGCGUGGGGCCUAGGAUCGAGCCUUGGGGUACUCCCUUGGUGACAGGCAGUGACUGAGACAGCAGAUAUUCUGACUUUAUACACUGCACUCUUUGAGAGAGGUAGUUAGCAAACCAGGCCAAACAUCCCUCAGAGACACCAAUACAACUUAGCUUGCCCACAAUAAUGGAAUGGUCUACCAUAUCAAAAGCUUUGGCCAAGUCAAUAAAAAUAGCAGCACAACAUUGCUUAGAAUCAAGGGCAAUGGUGACAUCAUUGAGGACCUUUAAGGUUGCAGUGACACAUCCAUAACCUGAGCAGAAACCAGAUUGCAUACCAGAGAGAAUACUAUAGACAUCAAGAAAGCCAGUCAGUUGAUUAUUGACAAGUUUUUCAAACACUUUUGAUAAACCAGGGCAAAGUAGAAAUAGGCCCAUAACAGUUUGGAUCAGCUUGAUCUCCCCCUUUUUAAAUAAAGGACGAACCGUGGCUGCCUUCCAAGCAAUGGGAACCUCCCCGAGAGGGUUAAAGGUCGGAGCAAGGCUUGGCGACGAUAGGUGCAGCAACCUUAAAGAAGAAAGGGUCUAAACCAUCUGACCCAGAUGUUUUUUUAGGGGGUCAAGUUUCAGGAGCUCCUUUUGCACCUCGGACUCAGUGACUGCCUGCAGGGAGAAACUUUGUAGUGGGGCAGGGGUCAAAAUUGAGAGGAGCACAGUCCAUGACAAGGGGUGGGAGAUGAGGAAAUAUUGGAUGGGCAAGGAGGCAUGGCUGAGUCAAAUAGGAAUCCUGACUUAAUGAAGUGGUGAUUAAAGAGCUCAGCCAUGUGCUUCUUGUCGGUAACAACCACAUCAUCAACAUUAAGGGACAUGGGCAGCUGUGAGGAGGAGGGUUUAUUCUCCAGGUCUUUAACCGUUUUCCAGAACUUCUUGAGGUUAGACCCACAGAGAGAGUACUGCUCCUUAAAGUAACUAACUUUGGCCUUCCGGAUAGCCUGAGUGCACUUACUUUUCAUUUGCCUGAACGAUAGUAAGUCAGCCUGAGUAUGCGUGUGCCGAGCCUUUCGCCAAAUGCAAUUCUUGAGGUGGUGUAACUCUACAAGAUCACGGUCCAACCAGGGGCUGAACCUGUUUAUAAUUCUCAUUUUCUUUAUGGGGGCGUGUUUGUUAACAAUACCACUGAAAAUAUAAAAAAAAGAAGGUCCAAGCGUCUUCGACAGAGAUCAAACUGAUUCUAUUUCUAUAGAAGGGAUCAUCAACUAGAUUCAGCCACGGGCUGAUUUUUCCUUGAGUGGAUGGUCAGGGGGCCAGAAAAUAAUUACAAAUUAUUUGUAGACUGCAAAUUGACUGCAAGAAGCCCCAAAAAUAUAUAAUAUUUGACUAAAAUGUCAUAAUUUCAAACCUUGCUUAUAUUUGUAUAUGAUCACAUAUUCAGUGAGCUCCAACAGUAUUGGGACAGGGACACAUUUUUUUAUUGUUUUGUCUCUGUACUCCAGCACUUUGGAUUUGAAAUGAUACAUUGACUAUGAGGUUAAAGUGCAGACUGUCAGCUUUAAUUAGAGGGUUUUUUCAUCCAUAUCGGGUGAACGGUUUCGACAUUACAACACUUUUUGUACAUAUUUCCCUCAUUUUAGGGGACCAAAAGUAUUGGGACAAAUUCACUUAUGUGUAUUAAAGUAGUAAAAUUGAAGUAGUUGUUCCCAUAUUCAUAGCACUCAGCUUGUUACUCAACAAAGUUGUUGGAUUCAUUUGCUGUUUGUGUUAGUUCUGUUUCAAAUUAUGCUGUGACCAAUAGAAUGUGUAAUGGUAAAUCAUGUAUUGUGUCAUUUUGGUGUCACUUUUAUUGUAAAUAAGAAUAGAGUAUAUUUCUAAACACUUCUACAUUAAUGUUGAUGCUAACAUGAUUAGGGAAUGAGUUGUGAUGAGUAAUACCAAAUUCUAAGCUCCCCUGUUAUUGUAACGAUGAGAGGUUAGCAUGUCUUGGCGGUAUGAUAUAAAAUGCUAACCUCCCCUGUUAUUGUAACGAUGAGUGGUUAGCAUGUCUUGAGGGUUUGAUAUUUGUGCGUUUUGUAACCUUCUCACUCAUAAUUAUUCACGAUGUGUACAGAGCCAAAACAACAACAAAUAUGUCUCUGUCCCAAUACUUUUAGAGCUCCCUAUAUCUCUCUAUUACGCGUGGGAAUUCGUUGGAACUGUCACGUUCGUCGUAGGAAUUAUCGGACCAAGGUGCAGCGUGAUAUGGUUUCCACAUGUUUAAUAACGGAAACGCACAAAAACAAUAAAGAAUGAACGAAACGUGACGACAAUGGAGUGCUCACAGGCAACUACACAUAAACAAGAUCCCACCAACACAGGUGGGAAAAAUAACUACUUAAAUAUGAUCCCCAAUUAGAGACAAUGACUACCAGCUGCAUCUAAUUGGGAAUCAUACACCAACAUAGAAAAAGAAACUAGAACACAACAUAGAUAUACAUAGAUAUACUAGAUCACCCCCUAGUCACGCCCUGACCUACUACACCAUAGAGACACAAUGGCUCUCUAUGGUCAUGGCGUGAGAGGAACACAUUUCAUAACUUAAAAUCACUUGGAGCUGAUUUGCUGGUGUUUUUAAAGAUUUAUGUAGAUGAGAUAUUUCUGUAUUUCAUAUUCAAUAAAUUAGCAAAGAUUUCUAAAAACGUGUUUUCACUUUGUCAUUAUGGGGUAUUGUGUGUAGAUGGGUGAGUAAAAAACAAACUGUAUAUUUAAUCAAUUUUUGAAUUCAGGCUGUAACACAACAAAAUCUGCAAUAAGUCAAGGGGUUUGAAAUCUUUCUGAGGGCACUGUAUCUAUCUCCAUAACUCGAGAAAAGAUGGAUGGCAGGAAAGCUGUCAGAUGUGCAGAAAAUAUUCAGGAUGAGGUUUCUGUUGGUCUUUCAGGCACAGUUUGCUCUUCAUUGACAUCCUCCUCAGCUGCUGCUGCUGCUGGGUCAUCAGACAGGUCGGACAGUAUUUGUACACGAACUGGAGGUUUUAAUGGGGACAUAACAGAGUGAGGAGAUACAGAUAAAUGUGUCAAAUGGUGCAGAUUCCCUUUUUCCCUUCUUCGUAAUAGCUGGCUGUUUCUGGGAGUAGAAAAAACUAAAAGAUCAUCUCUCUCCCUUCCUCUCUCCCUCUUCCUCUUCCUCUUAUGUUACUUUCCUACAUGUUCUAAUAGAGGUAAACUGUUAUUCCUGUUUUGUAUUCCUGUUUGUAUUCUGUAGCACCAUGGCAUUACUACUGUUCUCCGUGUCCACACAGUGACUUCAAAAAGUAUUCAUAUGACUUGACUUAUUCCACAUUUUGUUGUUACUGCCUGAAUUCAAAAUGGAUUAAAUAUGUUUUUUUUUACACACAAUAUCCCAUAAUGACAAAGUGUAAACAUGUUUUUAGAUAUGUUUGCAAAUUUAUUGAAAAUGAAGUAGAAAUAUCUAAUAUAUAUACGUUAACACACCCCUGAGUCAAUACUUUGGCAGCGAUUACAGCUGUGAAUCUUUAUGGGUAAGUCUCUAAGGAACUUUCUACACCUGGAUUGUGCAACAUUUGCCCAUUAUUCUUUUCAGCUCUGUCAAAUUGGUUGUUGAUCGUUGCUAGACAACCAUUUUCAGGUCUUGCCAUAGACUUUCAACUAGAUUUAAGUCAUAACUGUAACUCGGCCACUCAGGAACAUUCACUGUCUUCUUGGUAUUUUAAAAAUUAUUAUUAUUAUUUUUUGUAAUUUUUAAUUUCACCUUUAUUUAAUCAAGUAGGCCAGUUGAGAACAAGUUCUCAUUUACAACUGCGACCUGGCCAAGAUAAAGCAAAGCAGUGCAACAAAAACAACAACACAGAGUUACACAAUAAACAAACAUACAGUUAAUAACACAAUAGAAAAAUCUAUAUACAGUGAGUGCAGAUGUAGUAAGAUUAGGGAGGUAAGGCAAUAAAUAGGCCAUAGUGGAGAAAUAAUUACAAUUUAGCAUUAACACUGGAGUGAUAAAUGUGCAGAUGAUGAUGUGCAAGUAGAGAUACAGGGGUGCAAAAGAGCAACAACAAAAAUAGCAAUAUGGGGAUGCAGUAGUUUUGUGUGCUAUUUACAGAUGGAUUGUGUACAGGUGUAGUGAUCGGUAAGCUGCUCUGACAGCUGAUGCUUAAAGUUAGUGAGGGAGAUAUAAGUCUCCAGCUUCAGUGAUUUUUGCAAUUUGUUCCAGUCAUUGGCAGCAGAGAACUGGAAGGAAAGGCGGCCAAAGUAGGUGUUGGCUUUGGGGAUGACCAGUGAAAUAUACCUGCUGGAGCGCAUGCUACGAGUGGGUGUUGCUAUGGUGACCAGUGAGCUGAGAUAAGGUGGGGCUUUACCUAGCAGAGACUUAUAGAUGACCUGAAGCCAGUGGGUUUGGCGACAAAUAUGUAGCGAGAGCCAGCCAUCGAGAGCAUAGAUGUGGCAGUGGUGGGUAUGCAUACAGAAUGGUGUCGUCUGCAUAGAGGUGGAUCAGAGAAUCACCAGCAGCAAGAGCGACAUCAUUAAUAUAUACAGAGAAAAAAGUUGGCCCGAUAAUUGAACCCUGUGGCACCCCCAUAGAGACUGCCAGAGGUCCGGACAACAGGCCCUCAGAUUUGACACACUGAACUCUGUCUGCGAAGUAGUUGGUGAACUAGGCGAGGCAUUCAUUUGAGAAUCCAAGGCUAUUGAGUCUGCCAAUAAGACUGCGGUGAUUCACAGAGUCGAAAGCCUUGGCCAGCUCGAUGAAGACGGCUGCGCAGUACUGUCUUUUAUCGAUGGCGGUUAUGAUAUCGUUUAGGACCUUGAGCGUGGCUGAGGUGCACCCAUGACCAGCUCGGAAACCAGAUUGCAUAGCGGAGAAGGUACGGUGGGAUUCGAAAUGGUCGGUGAUCUGUUAACUUGGCUUUCGAAGACUUUAGAAAAGCAGGGCAGGAUGGAUAUAGGUCUAUAACAGUUUGGGUGAGUGUCUCCCUCUUUGAGGAGGGGGAUGACCGUGGCAGCUUUCCAAUCUUUAGGGAUCUCAGAUGAUACAAAAGAGAGGUUCAACAAGCUAGUAACAGGGGUUGAACAGGCUAGUAAUAGCGGUUGAACAGGCUAGUAAUAGGGGUUGAACAGGCUAGUAAUAGGGGUUGAACAGGCUAGUAAUAGAGGUUGAACAGGCUAGUAAUAGGGGUUGAACAGGCUAGUAAUAGGGGUUGAACAGGCUAGUAAUAGGGGUUGAACAGGCUAGUAAUAGAGGUUGAACAGGCUAGUAAUAGAGGUUGAACAGGCUAGUAAUAGAGGUUGAACAGGCUAGUAAUAGGGGUUGAACAGGCUAGUAAUAGGGGUUGAACAGGCUAGUAAUAGGGGUUGAACAGGCUAGUAAUAGAGGUUGAACAGGCUAGUAAUAGGGGUUGAACAGGCUAGUAAUAGGGGUUGAACAGGCUAGUAAUAGAGGUUGAACAGGCUAGUAAUAGGGGUUGAACAGGCUAGUAAUAGGGGUUGAACAGGCUAGUAAUAGGGGUUGAACAGGCUAGUAAUAGGGGUUGAACAGGCUAGUAAUAGGGGUUGAACAGGCUAGUAAUAGGGGUUGAACAGGCUAGUAAUAGGGGUUGAACAGGCUAGUAAUAGAGGUUGAACAGGCUAGUAAUAGAGGUUGAACAGGCUAGUAAUAGGGGUUGAACAGGCUAGUAAUAGGGGUUGAACAGGCUAGUAAUAGGGGUUGAACAGGCUAGUGACAGGGGUUGAACAGGCUAGUAAUAGGGGUUGAACAGGCUAGUAAUAGGGGUUGAACAGGCUAGUAAUAGGGGUUGAACAGGCUAGUAAUAGAGGUUGAACAGGCUAGUAAUAGGGGUUGAACAGGCUAGUAAUAGGGGUUGAACAGGCCAGUAAUAGGGGUUGAACAGGUUAGUAAUAGGGGUUGAACAGGCUAGUAAUAGGGGUUGCAACAAUUCCGUAAGAUAAUUUUAGAGAGGGUCCAGAUCGUCUAGCCAGGCUGAUUUGUAGGGGUCCAGAUUUUGCAGUGCUUUCAGAACAUCAGCUAUCUGGAUUUGGGUGAAGGAGAGGGGGGGCUUGGGCAAGUUGCUGCGGGGUGUGCAGAGCUGUUGGCCGGAGUAGGGGUAGUCAAGUGGAAAGCAUGGCCAGCUGUAGAAAAAUGCUUAUUGAAAUUGUCGAUUAUCGUGGAUUUAUCAGUGCGAUUAUCGUGGAUUUAUCAGUGGUGACAGUGUUUCCUAGUCUCAGUGCAGUGGGCAGCUGGGAGGAGGUGCUCUUAUUCUCCAUGGACUUAACAGUGUCCCAAAACGUUUUGGAAUUAGUGCUACAGGAUGUACAUUUAUGUUUGAAAAAGCUAGCCUUAGCUUUCCUAACUGAAUGUGUAUAUUGGUUCCUAACUUCCCUGAAAAGUUGCAUAUCGUGGGGGCUAUUCGAUGCCAAUGCAGUACGCCACAGGAUGUUUUUGUGCUGGUCGAGGGCAGUCAAGUCUGGAGUGAACCACGGGCUGUAUCUGUUCUUAGUUCUACAUCUUUGGAAUGGGGCAUGCUUAUUUAUGAUAGUGAGGAAAGCAUUUUUAAAAAGCAACAAGGCAUCCUCUACUGAUGGGAUGACCUCAAUAUCCUUCCAGGAUACCUGGGCCAGGUCGAUUAAAAAGGCCUGCUUGCUGAAGUGUUUUAGGGAGCGUUUGACAGUGAUGAGGGGUGGUCGUUUGACCGCGGACUCAUUACGGACACAGGCAAUGAGGCAGUGAUCGCUGAGAUCCUGGUUGAAGACAGCAGAGGUGUAUUUAGAGGGCAGGUUGGUUAGGAUGAUAUCUAAGGGGGUGCCCAUGUUUACAGAUUUAGGGUUGUACCUGGUAGGUUCCUUGAUAAUUUGUGGUAAGCAACUCCAGUGUAGAUUUGACCUUGUGUUUUAGGUUAUUGUCCUGCUGAAAGAUUAAUUCAUCUUCCAGUGUCUGGUGGAAAGCAGUCUGAUCUGGGUUUUCCUAUAGAAAUAGUGUUAUUCUGUACAGGCUUCCUUCUUUUCACUCUGUCAUUUAGGUUAAUAUUGUGGAGUAACUACAAUGUUGUUGAUCAAUCCUCAGUUUUCUCCCAACACAGCCAUUAAACUGUAGCUGUUUUAAAGUCACCAUUGGCCUCAUGGUGAAAUCCCUGAGCGGUUUCCUUCCUCUCCGUCAACUGAGUUAGGAAGGAUACCUGUAUCUUUGUAGUGACUGGGUGUAUUGAUACACCAUCCAAAGUGUAAUGAAUAACUUCACCAUGCCCAAAGGUAUAUUCAAUGUCAGCAUUUUAAAUGUUUACCUAUCUACCAAUAGGUGCCCUUCUUUAUGAGGCAUUGGUAAACCUCCCUGGUCUUUGUGUUUAAAUCUUUGUUUGAAAUUCACUACUCAGCUAAGGGACCCCAUAGAUAAUGGUAUGUGUGGGGUACAGAGAAGAGGUAAUCAUUCAAACAUGAUGUUAAACAUUAUUAAUGCACACAGAGUGUGUCCAUGCAACUUAUUAUGUGACUUGUUAAACACAUUUUUACUCCUGCACUUAUUUAGGCUUUCCCGUAACAAAGGGGUUGAAUACUUAAUGGCUCUGACAUUUAAGCUUUUCAUUUUUAAUUAAUUUGUAAUAAUUUCAAAAAACGAAAUUCCACUUGUACAUUAUGGGGCAUUGUGUCUAGGCCAGUGACCCCAUUUUAAAUUCCGGCUGUAACACAGCAAAAUGUGGAAAAAGUCAAUGGGUGUGAAUACUUUCUGAAGUCACCGUCUGAUGCUAUAUGACGUGUAUGUAUGACAUUAUCAACGUAACAAAAACGUUCAUGUGAUCACACCUCAAA